AGAUAAGUGAUAUAAAUAAGUUUUAAUUAUUUUUUAUUGGAAACCGUUGUAAAAUAAAUCAGAUCUUCAUUCAUGUGGCAAGAUGAUGUCUAUCAAGAAGAAUAUAGUUCGUUCAUCUCUUUUUGUUCUAGUUUUAGUGAUAAUUCUAUUUAUUGAAACAGGAGAUUCCCUAAAAUGUUGGGUAUGCUGCUCAGAAGCUGAUCCUGAAUGUGCUGAACCUUUCAAUAAUUCAACAUUCCAAUUGAUGAAUUGUCACCGUCGUAGAUCAGAUGGAACUUCAGAUCCUAGGCCAUCACUUUGUACCCUGAUAAGGCAAAGAGUGGAUGGAAGAUGGCAGUAUAUCCGGUCAUGUGGUGUCCAAGACGAUCUCAAGGUACAGAAAGAUGACAUGGUUUGUAAAACGAGAAAUUAUCCUGGAGAUGUGAUAAUCGAAUACUGCACCUGUAAUUCUAAAGAUGGCUGUAAUGGUUGAAAUAAUUCAUGGUUUUAAUUUGAGUAUAGACCUCGUUUUAUGAUAUUUAAGAAAUAUUCUUUAUUAAUAA